GCCGCGGCAGCCAUGUUGAUCGUGGCUAGCACAGGGGCCGGCACCAGCGGGUUUUAGAAGCAGGUGUCAUGAUGUUGUCCGCGGUGUUGAGGAGAACCGCGCCAGCACCUCGGCUCUUCCUAGGGUUAAUCAAAUCUCCAUCUCUCCAAAGCCGGGGAGGCUCUUAUGGCCGUAGCGUAAUCACCGGAGACCGCGGGGAGCCGCAGCGGCUGACAUCUGCCGCCUGGGUGCGCCCUGGAGCUUAUUCUAGCUUGUUUCCCGGACGGGGGGCAGCCACUGGGGGGCGCCGUGGAGAACGCACCGAGAUCCCAUACCUGACUGCUGCUUCAUCUGGACGUGGACCUAGCCCCGAAGAAACACUCCCAGGACAAGACCACUGGAAUGGGGUCCCCAACAAGGCGGGUCUGGGCAUGUGGGCCUUGGCCAUGGCGCUGGUGGUUCAGUGCUACAACAAGAAUCCAUCUAACAAGGAUGCAGCUCUGAUGGAAGCUGCCCGAGGCAAUAAUGUGCAGGAAGUCAGAAGGCUGUUAUCAGAAGGUGCAGAUGUCAAUGCAAGGCACAAACUUGGCUGGACAGCACUGAUGGUGGCAGCCAUCAGCCACAACGAGAGUGUGGUGCAGGUCCUGCUUGCUGCUGGAGCUGAUCCAAACCUUGGGGAUGACUUCAGCAGUGUCUACAAGACUGCCAAUGAACAGGGAGUCCAUUCUUUGGAAGUCCUAGUCACUCGAGAGGAUGACUUCAACAACCGACUAAACCACCGAGCUAGCUUCAAAGGCUGCACAGCCCUGCACUAUGCUGUCCUGGCCGAUGACUACAGCAUCGUCAAGGAACUGCUGGACGGAGGAGCCAACCCCCUUCAGAGGAAUGAGAUGGGCCACACACCCCUGGAUUAUGCCCGGGAAGGGGAGGUUAUGAAGCUUCUGAAAACUUCUGAGACCAAGUACAUGGAGAAGCAAAGGAAGCGUGAGGCAGAGGAGCGACGCCGCUUCCCACUCGAGCAGCGACUGAAGGAGCACAUCAUUGGCCAGGAGAGUGCCAUCGCCACCGUUGGUGCUGCGAUCCGCAGGAAGGAGAAUGGCUGGUACGACGAGGAGCACCCUCUCGUCUUCCUCUUCUUGGGAUCAUCUGGAAUAGGGAAAACCGAGCUGGCCAAGCAGACAGCCAAGUAUAUGCACAAAGAUGCCAAAAAGGGCUUCAUCCGGCUCGACAUGUCUGAGUUUCAGGAGCGACAUGAGGUAGCCAAGUUUAUCGGUUCUCCACCAGGCUACAUCGGCCAUGAAGAGGGUGGCCAGCUGACCAAGAAACUGAAACAGUGCCCAAAUGCAGUAGUGCUCUUUGAUGAGGUGGACAAGGCCCAUCCAGAUGUGCUUACCAUCAUGCUGCAGCUGUUUGAUGAGGGCCGCCUGACAGAUGGCAAGGGGAAGACCAUUGACUGCAAGGAUGCCAUCUUCAUCAUGACUUCCAAUGUAGCCAGUGAUGAGAUCGCCCAGCAUGCAUUGCAGCUCAGACAGGAAGCUUUGGAGAUGAGCCGAAAUCGAAUCGCCGAAAACCUUGGGGAUGUCCAGAUUAGUGACAAGAUCACCAUCUCAAAGAACUUUAAAGAGAAUGUGAUCCGACCCAUCUUAAAAGCUCACUUCCGGAGAGACGAGUUUCUGGGACGGAUCAAUGAGAUUGUCUACUUCCUCCCUUUCUGCCACUCAGAGCUCAUCCAGCUGGUCAACAAGGAACUGAACUUCUGGGCCAAGAGGGCCAAGCAGAGACACAACAUCACACUACUGUGGGACCGUGAGGUGGCAGACGUGUUGGUCGACGGCUACAACGUCCACUACGGUGCCCGCUCCAUUAAGCACGAGGUAGAGCGGCGUGUGGUAAACCAACUGGCAGCAGCCUAUGAGCAGGACCUGCUCCCAGGGGGCUGCACCCUGCGUAUCACUGUGGAGGACUCAGACAAGCACCUUCUCAAGAGCCCUGAGCUGCCCUCACCCCAGGCUGAGAAGCGUCCACCUACAUUGCGACUGGAGAUCAUUGAUAAGGACAGCAAGACCCGCAAACUGGACAUCCAGGCACCACUCCACCCCGAGAAGGUGUGCUACACCAUCUAGCGUCCACCUGUCUGUCCGUGCCCUGAACAUCUAAUAAAGGCCCCUUGCUGUGGCAUGGCAACCAA